UGAAUUACUUAUUGUACUAAAACAAAUAGAUUCGACCAACAACUAAAUAUAAUAUCAUUUGAAAACAUAUCUAACUAUCUAAAUUUUCAAAACUAGAGUUACAAGAUAUACUGAGGAAUCUUUUAGACUGACAAAAAGUUAAUUUGCUUCUUGUAGAACCAAAAUGGCUCCUACGAACAGCAAUGUGCAUAGAAGACUGUGUUGGACAGAUAUAGAAGCCGACUUCUCUCCGGCAGGAACCUCAGCAGUCACUGGCGCCAAAUUCGCCGUUGCUGGUGCAGAACUACUUACCGGACCUCGUCCGUAAGGAAAUAUGUCCGGCGUAUUCGCUGGAGUUGAUGGAAUAUGAGGGGUUGUUACCGGCGAUGUUGCUGCGGUCUCUGGAGCAUCGGCGGGUGGUUGGUUUGAUGGGGUGGUGGCAGGUGAUUCAAUGGAGGUGGUGGGACUCAUUGUUGGAGUGGAGAUUGGAGACUUCACUGGGAUCGUAGUGGGAGGGGAAACAGGGGAAGUUGCAGGAGUAGAGACAGGAGUCAUGGCGGUAGUUGGAGUGGAAGUCGCCGGAGUAGAGACAGGAGUCAAGGCGGUAGUUGGAGUGGAAGCAGGGGAAGUCGCCGGAGAUAGAACAGGGGAUUUCAAAGGAGACGAAAUGGUUCGAGAUGUAACAGGGGAAGUCGCGGGAGAUGAAACAGGGGAUCUCAAAGGAGUCGCAAUUGUCCGAGAGGAAACAGGGGAUGUCGCCGGAGUAAGAACUUGGGAUUUCGAUGGAGACGCAGCGGUCCGAGAUGGAGAAGUUGCCGGAGUAAAAACAGGGGAUUUCGAAGAGGUCGGAGUAGUAAAAACAGGGGAUUUCUCCGGAGACGUCGUAGGCAAAGUUCGCUUCGUUGGAGAUUGCGUCUCUGGGGAGUUUUGAAUCACGGGAGGAGGUACAGUAGGCGUUUGAGGAGACUUCGUCGGAGAUAUAAAAUGA